AUGGUCUCAAACCUUCACCAAGCUCAGAGUGCUAGCCAAAUGAGCCUACUCUCGACUCCGGUCACGCUCGCCCAGGGCGGCAUCGUCAGCUCUGACGACAGCGUCGCUACAAACGUCGUCUCCAACCCCGGACCCAAGGUGUGGCUGAUGCGGUCCGGAUACAGCAGGGAAGAGCAUCGGCCAGACAGGGUUGACAGGUCCAGAUCAGCCCGUCUGACUAUCCAUGCAUUGGCUGGCAUGGCUGCCGCUCGCAGGCUCCCUUGGGACAGUACGGCUACCUGGUACAUCGUCCUCAUGUCUCCAAAAUGGAUCGUUGACCGAAGAGGUCUCCCAUUGACUUGCGUGCUGCACGAGACAGCCAAUCGGUACCAUCCCAUCUCAUUUGCCCAAUGGUCCAUGUAUCCCGCCCCAGCCUGGAAUCUUACCUCCUCCCCAUCCUCCUGCCUCAUGCCUCAUGCCUCCUGCCUCCAUAGCCAGCCCUGGAGGACGAGGACCGCUGCAGCAAGGAAGGAACCUCUCUUCAGGUCUACCGUCUACAUCCGCGUUAGUCGUUACACGCUAAUGUGCUUGUGGCGAGCUGCUUUCCCCGCAGAUUUAACGUCCCAUCUACCAACCCCAUGCUUCCUGCUUCCUGCGUCCCUCGCUUAUAAGCCACCGCCGCCCUCCUCAACUCAUGCCUUUUUGCUACUUCCAAGCUUCUGCUGCCAUCAACAACUUUUUGUGCAACACCAGACUCGCAAGUACCGCAGAUUGCGUGGCCACUGA